CGCUCUCUCUCGUUCGUCCGCCAUGGAGACGGAGGAAGAAGAGAUCACGGAAGAGCAGCGACUGCGAGCCGAAGCGAACCGAUUAGCCGCCCUAGCGAAGCGGAAGACGGCCGCGGCCUCCUCCGUCAACCCGCCGCAGCAGUACCCGCACGGCCGCUGGGCGCUCUUCAAGUGCCGGAAGCUGGACCCCACCGCCGCCGCCGCGCGGCCGGCGAAGCCGUUCGGUAACGCGGCUGGGGCGAGGGCGCCGUCGGACGCGGCCGUCGCCGAGAAGUUCGCGGUCCGGCUCGAGAUAUGCUCGCCGGAUUCGUUCUCGGCGACCCCGCUGCCGCUGCUAGGGUUUGCUUAUCCGGGGGAGGAGGAGUCCAUGCGGAGAUUGGUGGAUUGCUUAGCUGGUGUGAUGCCAUCACACUAUACCCAAAACCUUGCUGGUGGAAAAGCUUGUGUGUAUAAGCUGAGGGAUUAUGAUGCAGUGAUAAGAUGUUUAAAGAGCUUCAAGAGUGUAGUAUACGAGGAGAUUCCUUGGGGAACAUUUAAUGUCAUUGAGAAACUUUCACAUUCUUUCAUCAUGGGGCAAUGGAUACCUUGCAGACCUGAGCAUUUUCCUGAUGAUAAGGUUGAUGAAUUAUUUGGGAAGUUACCCAGGAAAAUCUUGGAUACACUUUUGCCAUUUCAAGUUGAUGGAGUAAAAUUUGGUUUACGAAGGGGUGGACGUUGUCUUAUAGCAGAUGAAAUGGGUCUUGGGAAAACACUUCAGGCCAUUGCUAUUGCAAGCUGUUUCAUGAAUGAAGGUUCUAUUCUUAUAGUUUGCCCUGCUAUUUUACGCUUUUCUUGGGCAGAAGAACUUGAGCGGUGGUUUCCUUGUUUGCCCACCGAUAUCCAUCUUGUGUUUGGUCACCAGAAUAAUCCUUCACACUUGCAAAAAUGGCCAAAGAUUGUAGUUAUUUCUUACAAGAUGCUUCAUCACUUGCGAAGGAGUAUGCUUGAUCAGGAAUGGUCUCUUUUGAUAGUUGAUGAGUCUCACCAUAUAAGAGCUUCAAAGAAAUCUGCAGAACCUGAGGAGAUAAGAGCAGUUCUUGAUGUGGCAGCAAAGGUCAGACGUAUCAUUCUACUGUCAGGAACCCCUUCUUUGUCUAGGCCAUAUGACAUUUUCCAUCAGAUAAACAUGCUCUGGCCUGGUUUAUUGGGAAAAGACAAGUUUGACUUUGCAAAAACUUACUGUGACGUGAAAUUUGACCAAGGUUAUCAAGGAAAGGUUUUUAAGGACUACUCAAAGGGCAUUCGAUUGGAGGAGCUGAACAUUUUGCUCAAACAAACAGUUAUGAUAAGACGCCUGAAGGAGCAUGUCCUGGCGCACUUACCUCCCAAACGUCGGCAAAUAUUGAGAAUUUUAUUGAAAAAAUCAGAUAUUAUUUCUGCAAAGGCUGCUGUCAGAGUAGUUGACGGAGAUGCACUUGAUGACAUUACUUUUGACCAUACAGAUCAGUCUGAUGAUUCCAAUGGUCGUGACAGAUUGCGCAAUCUAUCGUUCCAAGAAGUUGGCAUUGCCAAGCUCUCAGGAUUCCGUGAGUGGCUUUCUCUUCAUCCACUCAUUGCAGCAUCUGAUGAGGUGGUGGACUCACCAAAUUGCCAAAAGAUGAUAGUUUUCGCCCACCAUCAUAGAGUUCUUGAUGGAGUGCAGGAGAUCAUAUGUGAGAAAGGGAUUGGUUUUAUUCGCAUAGAUGGAAAUACUCUUCCCAGAGAUCGACAGUCUGCAGUAAUGUCGUUCCAAUCAUCAAAUCAGGUUAAGAUUGCGAUAAUUGGUAUUACUGCCGGAGGUGUUGGACUUAAUCUUUCGUCAGCAAAGACUGUGGUGUUCUUGGAGCUGCCUCCAUCUCCAUCAUGGAUGCUUCAGGCAGAAGAUAGAGCUCACAGGCAGGGACAAACAAAUGCGGUCAAUAUAUAUUAUUUUUGUGCAAAGGAUACUACGGAUGAUUUGCAUUGGCAAUAUUUAAGGAAGAGCUUGUACCGUGUUUCCUCUACUACAAAUGGAAAGCACGAUGCAAUACUAGAUAUUGCGGUUGACAAUGUUUCAUGUUUUGGAAUUUCUGAUGAAACUGAUAGAAGUUAUAUUCAGAUGUUGGAGGAAAUCGCAUGUAGUCAACUGUCACAUAAGGAAGAUUCUAUAAAAACCAAAGAAGAUGAUAGUGAGCCUGCUCCUGCUGAUCCAGUUAAAGCUGAUGAGAAUUGUUCCAACAUAAAGAAAUCUCCUCUGGUUGAGGAAAGUGCUUUGACAACCAGGGUUGGCAAUGGCGAGUGUGCUGAUGUAGUUGAAGCUGAUCAGAACAUAGUAGAUUUCAUAAACUCUUUGCGGUUUGAGGUUAGCCAAUAUACUGAAAGGAUCCAUUUAUAUACUUGCACCCCGGGAACAGAUUCUAGACCAAGACCCCUUUUCCAUAGUUUCCGGCCGGAGGAUGUUAAUUUGCAAAGUGCUCUCUCCCUUGAUAAUAAGUUUCUUGAGAAUAGCAGGGCUUAUGUCCACGGUCUCCUAACGUUCAUAAAUCAGUGGAAUACACUAAGACCUAUUCAACGUAGGAAGUUACUAGGGAAGCCUUUGCAACUUCCUUUAGCUGUUGAGCUCUGCUACUUGAAAGAGGGGACCAACCAUGACGGUUUGGGAUUGUUGAAGGGUAAAAGCAGAAGACGAACUACACCGUUGUUUGAAAUAAGCCAUCCAUUGCCAGAAAAUGCUGUGUGGAAGAAGGUUCAUCUUGUUGGCAGUUAUUGCAAGAAGGAUAAAGAGUACACUCAGGGGUGGACCAUGAUGGAUGAACCACUCUGUAAACUUUGUCAGUCACCUUGCGUGGGAGAAAAUGCAAAGAGACCUGAGUAUUUUGAGGAUCUCUUCUGCAAUUCUGGCUGUUAUGAAGAAUAUCGCAUAAGAACCAGUGCUCGUGUUCUUCGUCAGGAACUUUUUCAAAUAGAACAUGGUGUAUGCACGAACUGCCAAUUAGAUUGCCAUCAGCUUGUGAAAUGCUUGAAACCAUUAUCAGUGGAGAGCCGGUGGGACUAUGUAAAGAGAAAAGCACCAAAUUUGGCUACAAGGAAAAAGUUGGUUGACAAAUUGGUCAAUGAUCCCACUGAGGGUAAUGCAUGGCAUGCGGAUCACAUUGUUCCAGUCUUUCGUGGCGGAGGUGAAUGCAGGCUAGAGAAUAUGAGGACACUUUGUGUAGCCUGCCAUUUUGAUGUUACUGCGGCCCAACGCGCUGAACGACGUGCUUCAAGAGUCGAAGGUAAAAAGCGACUCAAAGAAAUCUUGAGUGGCCUAAAGAAUGACUGCAACAUGGGACAGACUGAGGCUAAGUCAAAGUGAUGGAGAAAAUAACGACAGGCAAGAAAAUCUUGUUAUUUUAACCAAUUGGAGUGGAGAAUUUAACUAAGUUCCAAGAAGUACUCCACUUUUAUUUGUGCCUGUGUUACAUUAUGAAGUGAUAGUUGGAGUAUGUAUACCCUUUGCUUGUUAGUUACAUUUUUCAUGUUUUGAGAACGUGAUUUUCAAUUUAGAAAACUUGAUGUAAUUUUAUCUGAAAUUUUUCCUUUGCUUGGUUGAUAAUGAGGUUACGACAGUUGUUGGCUACCGAAACAUAGCAAAGCUGUGUUAGCAUCCAUGAGAUAGUUUUGCUCAAUAAUAUAUCUGGACAAAGUCGUUUUUGAUUUUUUAUUUUGAAAUUGAUUGUCCUCGGUCCACUUUUUAAGUUGCAUUUAACAUGCUUUAAAAAUGUUAAAGUGUAAGUUUUGCAUGUUUCAAUUACUGAACCAUUACACGGUCAUUUUCGAUAUCUAGAAUAAGUAAACUAAUGAUUUAUAGCUAGUUUAUCAGUCAGCAGGUCAUUCAUUAACAAGAUCGAUAGAUUAUAUUUAUUCUGUUGACUAUGCAAUGGUCUUUUGUCAAGUAGACAUAUCAUAUUAUC